CAAUGCAACGGAAACAGAUACGAGAGAUAGAGACUACCAGAAACAGCCAGAGAAACAGAUCCAAAUAUGAUAUUCCACAGCUUUACAUAAAGACCGCAGGUGUCAAACUGUUAGUCGAAUAUCAGAGGACACAUAUACGGACUGUCUCAUGAGUUUAUGAAACUAUCUGUUGAGUUUUUAAUCCGGGUAACCAUUACGUAGCUGAAGCAGAUUAGCUCUCGUGCUAAUGUUGUGAAAUAUUCAUCUGUUCUGCAAAUAUAAGCAUUUAUUUACGAAUGAUAAACAUUUAACAGUUUAUACGUCGGGAUAGGGGUAAAACCUAACACAUUAUAACCAUAUAUUGUCCGGUGUUUAGAGUCUGUUACACGUAGUCAACAUCAGUUUACACAACACCGCAGUGACUGUAUUUAUAUCAACACAGGUCAUCUGUUUGGUUAUUCUCGACGAUUAUUCAUAGUCACAAGAUCUUAAAAUUGAUUCUGAAGGACUCAUAGAUAUCUGUAAAAGUGAAGUUGCUUUCAUUUGGAUUCAUAUUGACGACAAGUUGUAUUUGAAGCAGAUAUGAACAUGUUUGCUUGAGCAGAACCUAUCAACAUCUGGAAGUGGAAGCCUGCUUUCAUCUGGACUCAUUCCCAUAUAUAAUCUAAAUUGAGAAGCUGUCAGGAUGCCUCUGCUGUUUUUGGAGCGGUUUCCUUGGCCAAAUUUACGGACAUACACAGCCCUGAGCGCAGUUCUUCUGGUCGGAACGAUCUUAAGUGCCUACACCACAGUGAGAGACUCAGAGUUCACAUCUGCACUGACUGAAGACACACACAGCGGAGCGGAGGAGGAUAUCAAGCUCAGUCAGCUGGAGAACUUUGGACAUGUGGCCACCAAUGUGCUGCUGUAUCUCAUCACAGACAGUCUGUUUGUCUGGGUGAUGGUGAACACAGCAUGCUGCAUCCUCAUGUUAAUAGCUAAAGUGAUCCAGUGCAUCGUGUUCGGACCGCUGAGAGUCAGUGAAAAACAGCAUCUGAAAGACAAGUUCUGGAACUUCAUCUUCUACAAGUUCAUCUUUAUCUUUGGUGUGCUGAAUGUGCAGCGGGUGGAUGAGGUGGUGCUGUGGUGUCUGUGGUUCUCCAUUCUCAUCUUCCUCCAUCUGAUGGUGCAGCUCUGCAAAGACCGCUUCGAAUAUCUUUCAUUUUCCCCCACUACACCGAUGGGCAGUCAUGUGCGUGUGUUGACUCUGCUGGUGUCUGUUCUGAUGUGCUGCAGUGGUUUAGCAGUGCUCUGCGCUCUGGUCGGACAAGUUCAUGGAAUGCACACUGUCACUUUCAUGGCAGCUGAGUGUUUGCUGGUGAUGGUGCGCACAGGACAUGUCAUCAUACGGUACUCCAUCCACCUGUGGGACCUGAACCAUGAAGGCACCUGGGAGAACAAGAGCUCGCACAUCUACUACACUGACUUCAUCAUGGAGUUGGCCAUCCUCUGCCUAGACCUGAUGCAUCACAUCCACAUGCUGCUCUUCGGGAACAUCUGGCUGUCCAUGGCCAGUCUGGUGAUCUUCAUGCAGCUGCGCUAUCUCUUCCACGAGGUGCAGAGGAGAAUUCGCCGUCAUAAAAACUACUUGCGUGUUAUUGACAAUAUGGAGUCCAGAUUUGCUGUGGCAACGCUUGAUGAGCUGGUGGCCAAUAAUGAUGACUGUGCCAUCUGCUGGGAUUCUAUGACUACAGCACGCAAGCUGCCCUGUGGACACCUUUUCCAUAAUUCCUGUCUGCGCUCAUGGCUGGAGCAGGACACGUCCUGUCCCACAUGCCGCAUGUCACUGAACAUCAACGAAGGCGGGAGAGAGAGACAGGAAGGACAGAGAGUGCCACUGGAUGAUAAUAUGGCUGCAGGGGCAGGAACAGACGCCCGACCACACCUCAACCAACACAACCACUUCUUCCACUUUGAUGGGUCCCGCAUUGCCAGUUGGCUGCCCAGUUUCUCAGUGGAGGUGAUGCACACAACCAACAUCCUGGCCAUCGUACAGGCCAACAACUCACAGCUCAACGCCAUGGCCCAUCAGAUCCAGGAGAUGUUUCCUCAGGUUCCUUAUCAUCUGAUCCUGCAGGAUCUACAGCUUACACGUUCUGUAGAGGUCACCACAGAUAACAUCCUCGAAGGCAGGAUACAGGUGCCUUUUCCAACACAGGCUGUGGAGCGCACACCCAUAAAUGUUAACCCUACUACUGGAGAGGCGUCGGGUACCAGCAGCAGUUCAGAGGUUGCCGUCCCUCAGGUGGAAGACUUUGAGGUGCGGGGCAGCCGCUUUUCCAAGUCUGCAGAUGAGAGACAGAGAAUGCUAAUGCAGAGGAAGGAGGAGCUGCUCCAGAGAGCUCGGAGACGUUAUCUGAACAAGAAACCUGAAGAUUCCUCUUUCGCUGCCGACGAAAAUGACGACACUUUGGCCUCUGUGGAGUACGAAGAUUUUGAUUCAGUGACCCUGCGGCGAGGAAGGUUGGCAGCUGCAGCUGAAAGACGCUUGCAGAGGCAGCCAGACCCGCCUCUGUGAGAUGGCUCUGCCCAUGUGCACAUAUCGACACCACCCACAUUUAAUCCCGCCCAUGACUAAAUCAAGAGGGAGGAGUCUUCCUUUUCCAUUUUCGAAGCCGAGCAAAAAAGUGCAUGAUGAACCUGUUAUACAGCCAUGCCGAUCAGAAAAUGUCUAAAGCCUCUGUAUCACUCAAUUUUGGCCUGAUCAAUGCACAUUUGCGCUAUACACAUGCACCUAUUGUAAUAAUGCAUUCUCCAUCAAACUAUUUGCCGUUUUGCAAGACCAGAAUUUAGAGUAAAAGAAACAUGUGUCUUUUAUUCCCUGGAGUGUCGCCAAUAAAGUAAUUUGAAAAAUGUUUGUACGUUAAGUAAAUAAGAGCACGGUUUGUACAGCUGCUCCUACUUUUUAAACAAUAGGAAUAUCAUCUUUUGUUUGAUUGUUGUCUUGAGUUUGGAUUUCUUUUCAUUUUACGAAUGUUGCAUUUCUUGAAUGCGUUUUGUUUGAAUGUUAGGCUAGAUUUUAGAAAAAAAUGAAAAAUUGAUGGUUUUAACAAAAAUAUAUUGUGUUUUGCUAACAGUUCGGCUCGGCUGAGACUAGAGCUUGCGCAGUGAAGAACGCACGAGUUGAUCUGUGUGAGAGUGUCUUUGAUGGCCAGUUUUUGCAGCUGGUUAGUUGAUUUGAUUGGCUCAUAUGCUGAUAAACUGAUGGACACAGUAUUGCAAAUUUGAACUAUCAAGUGUGCUCGUAAUACCAUCAUGGCUUUUAUUUAAUCUUUGGAGACAGUUAAACAGAUAAUUGGUGUAGAUCCUGGGGUGUCUGUUUUAAGUUGCCGUUCACUCUCCAGUGAGUAUUUAGUAUAAUUUGGAUCAUUCACAUUGUUGUGACAAUAAAUCUCUCUGUUUAUCUGUGCAUUGUACAAACUGUUCGUUUUAGUCACAUGAUCUUGUUUUCUUGCCGUAGUUUUGUUGUUCAAAACACUGCCAUGGUUUAUAUUUAAUUUACGGUAUCUUUGGUUCUGUUUAACUGUCAUCUUAUUGUGUUGCUCUCUUUUUUUGUGCUACAGUUAAAGACUCUGAGCCUCAUUCUUGAAACACGUGAGAGAUAUUUCUUAAAAAUAUUGUGUAAAUUGUUUUUACAAAAGAUUUGCACAGAAAUUUGUUCUGCUUGUGUUUUAUGCAAAAGGUCUAAUGUGUUAGACAAUUCAAAGUUGUAUUCGAUUUGGACAAUGCAUACAUAAGGUUGUUAGGUCAGUUUUGUAGCUUUUUGCUGGCAGCUUUUUUUUUUUUUUUCCAUUUGUAUUUGAAUGGUUUUAAAGGAAUAUUCCGGGUUUAAUACAAGUUAAUCACAAUCGACAGCAUUUGUGGUAUAAUGUUGAUUACCACAAAAAUUAAUUUCUAUUCUAUUCUAUGUUCUUCGUCCUUUAUCUUAAAAAAAAAAAAAAAAAAUCUGUGUACAGUCAGUACAGUUAGUGCUUCUAUAAAAUUAUAAGCUCCACAUUUCCGCAAUUAAAUCAGCCCCAUUAACUUCAAUUGUAAAAGCCUCACUGUAACCUCAAUUUUUGCCUUUUUGUUUUUUUUUUCUUAAAGGUGGAUGAGUCUUAAAUAAAUUUUUUGUAGAAAUGCUGUCGAUUGAGCUUAACUUGUAUUAAACCCAGAGUAUACCUUUAAAGACAUUUACAUUUAAUGUACUAAUGGACUAAAGUACUAAUGUCUGUAAAUGCUCAGUUUUUUACCAGCUUUUGACAUUCAUUAUAAAUUUUCGCAAAUGAGAUUCAGUAACAGGAUAAUUUGGUAUGGGCGCAACAAAGUAAUUCAGAAAUUUGCAUGUUGAGUUUGGGAACAAACUUUCAUGUAAUGACACGUGAUGACUUUUAAUUUGCCUUCUGUCAGAUCAACCAACCACAACCACAUCACUAAUCAUUUAUUAUUUAAUUGUGAACAUAUUGACUAUGUAGUCUCUGAUGUAUGUGUCUCUGAUGUUUUACACUGUGAAUCUACUCUAUCAAAUGUUUUCAGAGUCGUACAUGGACACUUUGCUCUUUUUCUGUGCAUAAAAUCACUGUUUAUAAUAUCCAUAACCUAUUUUUCUGAUCCAUUAUUCCCGAAGACUCCCUUCUUCUGGUGAUUUUCUUUACAGAAGGUGGACAUGGUCAAACAAAGCGCUAACUCUUUGACUGCAGGUCAAUGUAGAACAUGUUUGUUUUGGUUGCACAGACGAACCUUUCAACAGUAUUUCUUUACGUAUUAAUGAAAUAUCCACUAGACUGAUUCUGAUAAUAAAAGUUAAUUGAUGUUCAUGCACCAGAGUGAAGUAUAGGAGUGCUUUUUGCACACGAUUCAUUUAUUUGUGCCUCGAAUCAACAGUGGAUCAAUACUAGUUUGAUUUGUGUAAAUAAUUUUGUAAAAUACAUGUGAAAUGACCCUGUACAAAAUAAAAGUCACAGCUGCUUUAGAAGCUUUUAACCACA